GUGUGGACCCGGUCUCCACGCCGUGGGCGCCGGAACCGCGAUGAAGUCGGGCGACGCCCAGGCCGCAGGGGCUGCAGGAGGACCCGCGCUGCCCGUCGCGACCGUGCGGCGCCUCACCAUCGACGACUUUGAGAUCGGGCGGCCCCUGGGCAAGGGCAAGUUUGGGAAUGUGUACCUGGCUCGGCUCAGGGAGAGCCGGUUCCUCGUGGCCCUCAAGGUCCUCUUCAAGUCCCAGAUCGAGAAGGAGGGGCUGGAGCACCAGCUGCGCAGGGAGGUGGAAAUUCAGGCGCAUCUGCGACACCCCAAUAUCCUACGCCUGUACAACUACUUCCAUGACGCCCGCCGGGUGUACCUGAUUCUCGAAUAUGCCCCACGGGGUGAGCUUUACAAGGAGCUGCAGAACUGCCACACGUUAGAUGAACAGCGAACAGCUACCAUAAUAGAGGAGCUGGCAGAUGCGCUUACCUACUGCCACGAGAAGAAGGUCAUCCACAGGGAUAUUAAGCCCGAGAACCUGCUGCUGGGAUACAGGGGGGAGGUGAAAAUUGCAGACUUUGGCUGGUCUGUGCACACUCCCUCUCUGAGGAGGAAGACCAUGUGUGGGACUCUGGACUAUCUUCCCCCCGAAAUGAUUGAGGGGAGAACAUACAAUGAGAAGGUGGACCUGUGGUGCAUCGGGGUACUCUGCUACGAGCUGCUGGUGGGAAAACCCCCCUUUGAGAGCUCCACGCACAAUGAGACCUACAGACGAAUUCUCAAGGUUGAUGUAAGAUUCCCCCCAUCAGUGCCUCUGGGAGCCCAGGACUUGAUCUCCAGCCUUCUGCGAUACCAGCCCUCAGAGCGACUGCCCUUGGCCCAGAUCCUGCAGCACCCGUGGGUCAGGAUGCACUCUCGGAGGGUGCUGCCUCCCUCUGCUCAGGUGGCUUCCUGAGCCCUCUUUGCUUCCCAUCCUUUGUACUUGUUCAGGGCAGUAACUCUUAACUCCUGUUUGCUGUGUUUUAAGAUUCAAGAUGUUAAUAA